AUGUUGAUCAAGGUGCGCACGCUGACCGGCAAGGAGAUCGAGCUCGACAUCGAGAACGAGUACAAGACGGAUGACGACGACCACAAGACUGAAACUCGGACGCAGGUCUCGCAGAUCAAGGAAAAGGUCGAGGAGAAGGAGGGCAUCCCGCCCGUCCAACAAAGACUCAUCUACGGUGGAAAGCAGAUGGUCGACGAUAAGUCAGCUUCGGAGUAUGGCCUCGAGGCCGGCGCCACUCUCCAUCUCGUGCUGGCUCUCCGAGGUGGCAAGGCUUCCAACGUGUGCUGA